CGUACUUGCCAUCGAGACGGUCGAACAGAAGGAAGAAGAAUCGCGAACGCAAGACUGAAAAAAAGUUCAGUCACGAAAGGGAGGAGAGUGUCAGGUCAUCCGCGCGGACUGCAAAAAUAGGUGAACAUAGUGCUGCUCAAUAUCUGGCGAAAAAUUAGCAGUGAAUCAACGAAGAAAGUUGAUUGGCUAGUGCGCGUUGGAUCAAUUCCGUUUAGAUAUAAAGUUUUCUCAGUCUAGAAACCAUUCAUAAACUGACUGCUGUGGUGUGGAGCAAAUAUAAAAGCUCGAACAAAAGCUAGCCGGCGGUGACGUGAAAACGAGAGAAGCGAGUAGGUGAAUAUUUGAUAUUUUGCCUUGCCGUCUGUUCGUCUGAUUUUUUACGUCUACAUAAUACUCGGAAGCACCACUCGGUCGACGGAGUGAAGGAAAGUCGGCUAAUUGCUCCCCCCAACACAGGAGCUUCACAGAAACAGUCUACAAUGGCCUCCACGACCGGUGUUGUGGUACCCCGCAAUUUCCGACUGCUGGAAGAGUUAGAAGCAGGACAGAAAGGCGUCGGCGAUGGCACUAUCUCAUGGGGUUUGGAAAACGACGAUGACAUGACCCUCACUCACUGGACCGGUAUGAUUAUUGGCCCCCCAAGAACACCAUACGAAAACAGAAUGUACUCGCUGAAAGUUGAAUGCGGUGAACGCUACCCAGAUGAGCCGCCUACGCUGAAGUUUUUGUCAAAGAUUAACAUUAACUGCAUCAAUAGUCAAAAUGGAGUGGUUGACCACCGAAUGGUCCCCGUGCUAAAUAGAUGGAACCGUGAAUACACGAUUAAGACAAUUCUUCAAGAAAUUCGUAGGAUUAUGACGUUAAAGGAGAAUUUAAAGUUAACACAGCCACCGGAAGGAAGCUGCUUCUAGUGGCCGUAAAGAGAGGAAGAGAACGGAGAGAAAGAUGGGAGCUCUGGUAUUUGCUACUCUAUAUGCGUCUCGUCAUCGUGUUAUUGUUCGUGUGCGUACGCGUCCGCCUUUUGCUCUACACAUACACACUGCAGGGGGAGGAAACAACAUCAUCAACAAUAGCAACAAUAAAAGCAAAUAAAGAAAAUCGGGGAAAAGGAAAUGCUGCAACCAUACAAUUUUCACUAUUGCAAAUACAGCUACUAAUGUUGCUAUGAUUCUUUCUUUUCUCUUUUUUUCUCAUUCACUGUUACGUUUAUUGUGAUUUGAAACAGCAUAGAAUACAGAAGCAAAUACAAACAUGAACAGCAAUAGCAGAUCUUACUCGACGAAACAGACAUUUUAAGCUACAAGCACACCAGAACCUCUUCAAUCGGAAAACAGAAAGAAAAUGAAAUCAUUGCUGUUUAAUAUUAUUCGUGAAUAUUUUACUACUGCUGAAGAUUAGUAAUUCUAUUUAAAAUUCGUUUCCUGGUUGAAGAUGAAAGAUUUGAUUUUUAGGAACAUGAUUGUUAUGAAUGACUUAGUUUCUCAGAAAACAGGAAAAAAAAACCAUUAGGAUGUAAACAUUUGCAUCAACAUGACUAUCAGUGUCGUUUUUCAAAGCACGACGAAUGAUAGCGAAAGAAGAGACAAUUCGUUGAAACAAAGCCGCUAGCUAAUACCAACAGAUGUUAGCGAAGAAGUAAAGAAGUUUUGUUCUGCAUCUUUACAUCGAUUACUAAAGUUAUCGAGUGAUGUAAUGCAAUUCAGCACUUAUCGAAAACCAACAAAAGUGAAGCAUUACUGAUUUAUAACGCUUCGUUUUGUCUUUCGGAAACAAAGACGGGUUUCAGUUUGCCUACAUUACGGAUAUUUUUAUUUGUGUUCCCUUUCAACGUUGUUCACAGCAGCGAUGAGCGAUGAAAAAAUUGGCACUUUGUUGCAUAAACCUUUCAGAAGUACAUAUAAUUCUCAGUCAAUAGAAAACUAACACAAGAAAACUGCUUUAACUAGAACGUUUAAGAGGGGAAGAGAAGAAGAGAAAAAAAUUACCCGUAUAAUUAUCAUUUAGAUAUCGAACAGUCUUAUUCCAGCAAGUGAAAUGAAAAGCUUAUAACGAAAAUUAACAUGGUAAUAUAAAUUAUAAACAAAGAAACUUUACGAGACACUUCGGAAAUGACUUCUGCAUUCCACCUCUCCUCUUUAGCGAAUAUAUCACUAUUCAUUGGUGUAGAAAAGAACAAACUAUUACUAUAGGGAAAGAAGCAUUGGUGGAAUUAUACAAAAAAAAGAAAGUUAGUACGGAUGAAGAAAUGAGUAAAAAACAAGUAAAUAUUCGUUGAUAAUUCCCUUCCCCUUUAUCGACAAUUGAAGAAGAAAAAAAACAGUAAACGGAGAUAUAAAAAAAUGAGAUAAACAUGAUACGGCUUUUGUUCUUUUAAAAACUGCAUUAAAGGUGAGUAAACUAAAAUGUA